AUAGUGUAAUAUUGUAUGUGUUUGAGGCUUUCAUUUUACUCGUAAGCGAAUGAAGUGCCGCAAGGUAUUGAAGUCUACUUAUAUACUAUCACCACAUUAAAAAUGCGGAUAACUGAUCUUCCCGUAGAAAUUGUCGUGAUUAUUAUCAAAAAAUUAGACAUCAAGUCGGUCCAUAAUUUAUAUGAAUCAUGUUCUCACUUCAAGAAUCUUAUUUGUAUGUACAAUGUAGUGAAAACUGCUAACUUGGCACUUAGUACAACGGCGACCGUGCAUUUUUUAAAAGAAACUUUUAUGAAGGAUAUAUCACCACAUUUGCAGACUCUAGACUUGCGAGGCGUUGGCGACCUCAGCAGAACAGCACUGCAGACCGCCGUUAGGGGAAUGAAGUGCUUAAACACUAUUGAUGUUUCCUACACAAAUAUUAAUCUUUUUGAUAUUUAUGAAGUGCACAAACUAUGUCCAACCAUAAAGAAUGUUGCUUGUAAUUUCGUGUUUGGUACAAAAAAAGAUAUAAAAGCAAAAAACAUUCAGUGGCAAGAUCUUUUCCAAAACUUUGAUAAAGUCCAUUUUGUUGGAAAUGCAGCAAAUCUAUUGUUUUCAAGUUUAGUUGCAUGGAUGUUGCACAAGGCGUGUCUGAGUAAGUUGCAGCUCACUAUUGUUGAAAACUGUGGUAUAGUUUAUGACCCAGUGGAAGAAGCAAAUGAAACAAAUGUAAAAAUACAUUCCAAAUUCAUAAGCAUUUGCAUUUUAAAUGUGUGGAAAAUUCCCAUAUUUUCUGGGACAACAUUGACUCUGCCAAGUUUGCAACAUUUAGAAGAGAUAUAUGAAUGUGUUGUUGUAAUUACUGAAGAUCUUAACCAGAAUCAAGUUUAUGUGUCUCCAAUGUUCAUGAAGGUUUUUAAAUCUUAUAAUGCAAAGUGCAUUAAAGUAUUAGAUGUAUGUAAACAUGUUACGAAUGCUGUUAUUAUGCUCUGGGAUAAAUCAAAGACUGUAUUUGAUGAUAUGUUCUUUAAAGUUCUUAAAUCUAAAAUGAUCAAUCUUUUGCCACACCACAUCGCGGAUAACAUCACUGUUGUCCCACCGGAAUAUGAUAACUGUUUCCUUAGUGUUCCUUUGUGUGACAUGAGGGCUAGUUCUAAAAAUACUGUGACCUUUAAGAAGCAAAGACUUGCACCUCAGUGUCCUAUUCUUAAUUACGAUACAGUUUUCCAGCAACAUAAGACAAUACAUCUAACUAUGUUUUUUCCGAGCAACACUAACAUUCCCGUCACUCUAUCUCCCAGCAGCCAGUAUUUAAGAAAAUUAAGAUCUCUAUACUUGACUGGUAGUGUUCUAUAUUCUAAAAGUUUCUUCUAUGUUUUGUUCAGUUGUUGUCAGCAAUUGGAGACACUGAAUGUAGAAGACUCACCUUGGUGUCCGAACCAAUUGGGACAUAUUGCACUGAGUCGGUUAAAAAAUUUAAGAUUAGUCAAUAGACAAAGUAAUUUCAAAGCAAUGUUUUCAUCUUUAAGUGAAUGUAGUACUUUAGAGAAUAUUCAUAUUCUUGAUUCACACAUGCAGGAGUGCAACAACCUCGCUGACCCGAGUGCUUUGUUUGAGAAAUGUCACAAUUUGUACUGCAUAUCUAUCUGUGUUAACAUUAGCGACUCUGCAAUAGCCAGAGCAAACCAAUUAUACAAAAAAUUAAAAGCUAAGUAUGGUAAAUGGCACAUGCACAUAGCGUUGUCAUCAAACUUCUCUCAAGUCAACCACAACUACGAUCCCUAUUGCCAUGUAUUCAAUUUAUAUCCAGUAAAACCAUUAGAGCAAUUGUAUUAGUGUUUAAGGUAAGAAAAUAUGUAUUCAUAAAUCGUGUUUUUAUU